AUGGCCUCGUGGCAGAUCGUCGCAGGACCUCCAGUCGUUGCUGGGAGAGGCGUGAUCGCAACACGGGACAUCCAGAAGGGGGAACUCAUACAUGAAGAGCAACCGUUGGUCAACGUUUCGACCGGAUAUGGCCCCCUUCAGUGGCCGCGGCCAGGCAAUAGUACCAUUUUCUACAACAACGAAAGAGCCGGUACGACUACAAUUCUCUCCCGUGCUGUUACGUCCCUCAGUCCGGCGAACCAAGGACUUUUCAAUGUAUUGUUCCGUCCAGCAGGUGCAACAACGGCAUUGAGGCAACUGGUUGCCCGUUUCGAGCACAAUGCCUUCCAAUAUCGGUACUGGAGCAGAAUGCAUCUUGUCGUCUAUCCAACAAUUUCCUACGUCAACCACUCAUGCGUUCCCAACGCGGAUCUGGAAAUAUGUGAGGCUGCCCAUGGCCAGUCCCGACUGAUCGCAACAAGAACGAUACCGAAUGGAAGCGAAAUCUUCAUCAACUACACUGCGGAUCUCUGGCUCUCUAAUCACCUUAUUCGACGCCCAGAGCUGCACACCCAUUGGGGUUUCUGGUGUGGUUGUGACGGAUGCAUUCCUGCAGCGGCUCAAGUCGACAUACAAGAAAGGGCCUCAGCAACCUCCUAUAGAGCCAACCUUAUAACACCUGCGGCUGCACUCAAUGUCAUGCAACUUACCACUCGCGUCGACAGACUCAGGGCUUACAUCGCCUUGAUGAACAGCCUCGGGCGCUGGACUUCAGACAUGUCACACGCCUGCCCUAGCACCUUACCCACUGGCGUAGGAAGGCGAAGGUAA